AAAGCAAGAAAAAAAAAACCACUUAGAAAAACUUGAAAUUGUAAGCAAUCGACUUUGAGAGAACUCUUCAGUCCUUGACUAAUGACAAACACAAGAAACACCGGUGGAAGUAGCUCACAAGAGAAGAUUAGUGAUGGUCGUGAUCCUAAAAUCUGGGACUGUGAGAGUACUCUCUACGAUUCCUACGAACUUGUCUCUUUUGUUCACAUCAUCGAACGUAAACUAAUGCCUUUCUCUCCUCUCGCUCCGAAGUCUGGUUUGAGUCUACGAUCUUUAAUGGAUAAAGAUAACAACGAUUGUUCCUAUGCGUCGACCAGGAGGGGACCUUGUAUUCACCGGAGGGAAUAUUGGUGGAACAGAAAGAAGAACGACGAAUUGAAGGAACGAAUCAAUAAGAAGAAGAUGUUUGAUUGUAGUUUUUGGUGGAAUUCGUGUUAUAAGAACUUGUUCUUCUAAUGUGUAAGCAGGUUAGUUGUUUAUGUGAUGAAAGUUAUGUGUUGUGUGUUUUAGGAGCUUGUAUUACUUCACAAGUAAUCGAAUAAACUGAGAUGUGAUAAGUAUAAAGAAAUUCACUGUGC